AUGUGCGCCGUUUGCGUGGUGGCGCGUGUCCCCUUUUGGGGCCUUUUGCUGUUUCGCCUGCUGCCCGUCACAGCGGCUUUCUUCGAACUUAUGGAAGGAGCUGCAUCAAGUUCCCCGGGGCGCCUUCACUCCUCGGGGCUGCCUACUCAGGUGCUUGUUCAGCUAUACGACCAGCUGAACACUGUCAACUUUCACCUCAUGAGAUACACGGAGAUCACUUUCAACCUUGAGGCAGGCUUGCCACCCUUCAUCAUGGCCAUCACUCCACGUACGACAAACCGCAUCAUUCAGCUUCUUGCCACAGCUGCUGCAUGGCAGAUUUCAUGCCUGAGUUACUUGGAAAGCAGAAAUAUGGAUCGAUCUGUCCAGUGUACCGCGGCGUGUGAUGGGGGCGCAGGGCAGCUCCUAGUUCUUGUCAAGGCUCUGCUGCUCGAGAAAAAAAUUCUGUUUUACUCGUGCGACGCGUCAAGGGCCUCCACUGCCGUCCUCUCCUUCAUUUCUUUACUUCCAGGUACUGUCUUAUUCCCCAAGCACGACAGCCGUAGGGGAGAAUUGAAUCUGGUAAAGGCGGCAGCGCUCGAUGCUGUUGCCCUGGCAAAAGCCGAACUCCCCUACGAUGGGGUGCUUGUGCCCUUUUUUGCGAGCACUGACUCUGCAGCGGGAUUGGCAUGUGGGUUUUCCAGCGACGGUUUUGGCGAGCACGAGUACCGGUGGAAACGUCACGGGCUGCCAUUCAGAGUUUUUGAGGCGCGCUCAGCGUUCUUCCCCAUCUUGCCUUUGGAGCUCGUGGACGACCUGUUGCUGCAGAAACGGGCGUUCCUAAUUUCUUCGAACAACCCGACACUCUUGACUCACCCAGUGGCCAAGCCAGACAUUGUAGGCAAGUUUACACGGAUGUUGCCUUUCUUGCAGUGGCAGUGA